GUAAUUUUAUUUUUCUUUAAGUUUUUCUCAACUAGCAUAAUUUACCUUUAUACCUUGAAAAGAUAACUAGUGAAAAGUAAUUUUUGUAAGCAGGAGAAAGAUUUUCUUUUAAACCAGGUUAGUGGGCCUUUCACUUAGAACAACACUCUCAGUGAAUGCCACCAGACGGUGGUCAUAAAUGCUGUGUUACAAAGCGCCCUGCAGUGGGCCACUGCUGCAGGAAGUUGUAUUGCCAGACUCAUUAGGACACAAGUCUCCUAGGAAUAGAAAUGCCUCGCCUAGACUUGUGUUCAGCUUCUCAUUCUUGCUUUCAGUUACUGGUGUGUGCAUUCUGUUUCUUAGCACAGGGAGCAUUGCAUCUGAAUAGUCAGGUUGUCUAUUAGUGUUAUUUAAGCAUGGGUCCAAGUUGCUGUAACAGAGAUUCAAAGAUAGUGUUUCCAACAAGAAACUUGAUUUCUCGUGUUCCAUCUCACAGGCAGACAGGUGGCUCUGCCCCUGGAGGUCUUCUGGGAGCCUGGCUGCUCUGUGUCAUGGGCAUGUCACCGUGGGGUGGGAGAGAGCGUGUGGAAACAGGUGGCUCGCACGCCUCCCUUCUAUUCCCAUCUCAUUGGCUGGAUCUGUCACAGGGUCACACCUAACUACAGGGGACUCUAGGAAAUGGAGUCAUUUGCUGGGCGGUCAUGUGCCCACUAAAAUUUUGAGUGGAGUUUCUAUCACUCAAGGGGAGCAGGGAUCUUGGGCAGUCUUCAUUCUCUGCCACAGUUGACCCUCGGCCAUUCUUGGUCCCGCACCGGGCCAUACUCAGUUACUGCCUCCAGCCCAGAGCCAGGCCCUCUGGUGGCAUGUGGCUCUCUACCAGGUGCCAGUGCAGCUUCACACAGUCACAUUCUAGACUCAGACAAGUCCCGGCCUCCCUGAUACUGUCUCCAGCACCCAGCAAAAGAGCAGGGUGACUGCAUACAUGCCCAUUCAGGUGGGGAAGAACCCAGACCCACAGCAGUCACUGGUCCACAGCGGUUCCCAGUGGACUUUGCAAAGGUGUUCUGAACUGGUGGCCACUAAAGCAAAACAGUCCUAGGACCCCUGACCCAGCGGAAAUGAAGACCUCCAUCUACCAGGACAAGUACAAGGAUGCUUACAGCGGCUCUCUUCAUACUAGCCCCGAAUUACCAACAGCUCAGGUGUUCCCAAGAGAGAAGUGGAAAGAUAAAUUGUGAUAUAUUUAUACAGCAGAAUGCUGUACGUCAGUGAAGAAUGACCUGCUGUAACGUGCCACACAGACGACUUUCACAGGCGUAAUAUGAUGACAUAGGAACUGGUGACAAGAAGGUGACUGUGGAGCCUGAAUUUCUGAGGAUGGAAAUCUGCAUAAGACAGUGUCAGAAACACUCACAGUGAUGGAGCCCCCCACCUCUGAGUCUAGGGGGUGCCCUGAACUCAGACUAGGGGUGCUGUUGGGAAACCCAGAAGGGCAGAGCCUGCAGAGCUCCCCCUCCCAGCAGGGAGGUUUCAAGCAGGUGACAGUUACCCAUUGGAAGAUCCAAACAAGAGAGGCAGCCCAGGCAGGCAGUAUAUCAGGCGGAGGCCCAGUUCUGAGCUCUAACCUACUCAUACUUGAAAGAGAGCUUGUAGAAGGGGAGGCCCACCCAUGUGAGACUUGUGGCAAAAGCUUCCCAUUUAAUUCGGACCUAAUUGGACAUCAGAUUUCUCAUACUGGGGAGAAACUUUACAAAUGUGAUCAAUGUGGGAGAGGCUUCAGCCAGAGCUCCCACCUUGCUGAGCAUCAGAGAGUUCACACUGGAGAGAGACUCUAUGUGUGUAACGUGUGUGGGAAAGAUUUCAUUCACUAUGCAGAUCUUACUGAGCAUCAGAGUGCACAUGCAGGGGAAAAGCCAUUCAAAUGUGCGCAGUGCGGGAAAACAUUCUGUCACAGCUCAGACCUGAUUCGACACCAGCGAGUUCAUACCCGAGAGAGACCUUUUGAAUGCAAAGAGUGUGGGAAAGGCUUCAGUCAGAGCUCACUACUUAUUCGACAUCAGAGAAUUCACACAGGAGAAAGACCCUAUGAAUGUAAUGAAUGUGGAAAAUCCUUCAUCAGGAGCUCAAGCCUUAUUCGACAUUAUCAGAUCCACACAGAAGUGAAACAGUAUGAGUGUAAGGAAUGUGGGAAGGCCUUCCGUCAUCGCUCAGACCUCAUCGAACAUCAGAGAAUUCACACUGGAGAGAGGCCCUUUGAAUGUAACGAAUGUGGAAAAGCCUUUAUUCGGAGUUCAAAGCUUAUUCAGCAUCAGAGAAUCCAUACUGGAGAAAGGCCUUAUGUAUGCAAUGAGUGUGGAAAGCGUUUCAGCCAGACAUCAAACUUUACUCAGCAUCAGAGAAUUCACACUGGAGAGAAACUCUAUGAAUGUAAUGAAUGUGGGAAAGCUUUCUUUCUGAGUUCAUACCUUAUUCGACACCAGAAAAUCCACACUGGGGAGAGGGUAUAUGAAUGUAAGGAAUGUGGGAAAGCCUUUCUCCAGAAAGCGCAUCUCACGGAACAUCAGAAGAUCCACACUGGGGACAGGCCCUUUGAAUGUAAAGACUGUGGGAAAGCUUUCAUUCAGAGCUCCAAGCUGCUUCUGCAUCAGAUUAUUCAUACUGGAGAAAAGCCCUAUGUAUGUAGUUAUUGUGGGAAAGGCUUUAUUCAGAGGUCGAACUUCCUUCAACACCAGAAAAUUCAUGCUGAAGAGAAACUCUAUGAAUGUAGUCAGUAUGGGAAAGAUUUCAACUCAACCCCAAACUUUAAAAAUAAUCAAGGUAUUCACCAAGAGGGACUUCCCUUGAGUAAGAACCCCAUACAUUUGGGUGAGAAGUCUGUAGGUCAGGGAGAACAUACAGAUAACUUAUGAAUUGAUUAU